ACCCCACCAGGAAGUGUGCGCGAUAAAUCCUAAAGUAUUAAUCCUUCUUACCUGGAGGGAGAGGACCGAGAAUUAGCAUGCACCGAGCGGGGAUCUGACCGGUUGUAUGACUUUUCUGUUCAGCAGAUCGUUUCGUGGGUACUUUGCAAUUUAUGCAGGUUAAAGAGACACCGUCAACUCCCUGCAAGUUUGGGUUUUUGUUCUUGUGUGGUGUAGCUAAGUUCUACGGGAUUCUAAACCUUGCCUGCAAUGGGAUGCAGCGGUAGUAUAGAGAGGACAAAGCGAGAAUGGAAACCCUUGGAAGAUCGGAGUUGCACAGACAUUGCAUGGUUCUUUAUAUUUUUACUUUUCUGCGUUGGUAUGGGCGGCAUCUGUGGCUACACCAUCGUCACUGGGGCAGCCUCUCGGCUGAUAUCCGGAUAUGACAGCUAUGGGAACACCUGUGGCCAGAGGAACGAACAGAUAGAGGGCAUCAGACUCAGUGGCCUGGAUCAGACUGACAAAAAAUAUGUCUUUUUCCUGGACCCCUGCAACAUUGACAUUGUGCAGAGGAGAAUCAAGUCCAUGGCCCUGUGCGUGUCCCUCUGUCCGGAUCAGGAGUUGCCGACCUACGCGGACCUCAAGAGGUUCGCCAUUGUGAACGGGUCUGAACUUUGCUCUUAUGAGUUGGCUGCUCACAGAUAUCCCAGCCUUCCUGAGAGGACAACUAAAUGCCCUAAACUUCCUGUGCCACCAAGUAAGUCUCUCCCGCUGUUCAAUCGCUGCACGCCAGUGGACAUCUCCUGCUACACCAAGUUUGCUGAGGUCCUCAUCUCCUUCGUCAGUGACAACAGCAUGAUGCAUGGCCUCAUCGCCGGGGUGAUGGCCAGCAAGGAGAUCAUCCUGGGGUUGUGUCUGCUGGCGCUAGUGCUCUCCAUGCUCCUGAUGGUCAUCAUCCGCUACAUCUCCGCCGUGCUGGUCUGGAUCCUCACCGCCCUCGUGGUCCUGGGCUCCCUGGGAGGCACAGGUGUACUGUGGUGGCUGUAUGUAGAUCACAGGAUGAAUUCAAAUGAAACCACCAUCGCGAAAGAAGAACAAGAAGUAUCCAUAGACAACACCCAAGCCCUCCUGGUCUACGCCAUUGCUGCCACUGUAUUCACGGUGGUCCUGCUGCUGCUGAUGCUCUUCAUGAGGAAGCGAGUGGCCCUCACCAUCGCGCUGUUCCACGUGGCGGGGAAGGUGUUCAUCCACCUGCCCCUGCUGGUCCUGCAGCCCUUCUGGACCUUUCUGGCGCUCAUAGUCUUCUGGCUCUACUGGAUCAUGGUGCUGCUGUUCCUUGGCACCACUGGGAACCCGGUGGAGAACCCGGAGACGGGCCUGGUGGAGUUCCGCAUGUCCGGGCCUCUGCAGUACAUGAGCUGGUACCACGCGGUGGGUCUGAUCUGGAUCAGCGAGUUCAUCCUGGCCUGUCAGCAGAUGACGGUGGCCGGGGCGGUGGUCACCUACUACUUCACCAGGGACAAAUCCAGACUGCCGCUGACCCCCAUCCUGUCGUCUGUAUUCCGCCUGGUCCGCUACCACCUGGGCACGGUGGCCAAAGGAGCCUUCAUCAUCACCCUGGUGAAGAUUCCGCGCUUCAUCCUCAUGUACAUCCACAACCAGCUCAAGGGGAAGGAAAAUGCUUGUGCUCGCUGCAUGCUGAAAGCGUGCAUCUGCUGCUUGUGGUGUCUGGAGAAGUGCCUGAACUACCUGAAUCAGAACGCCUACGCAGCAACCGCCAUCAACAGCACCAGUUUCUGCACCUCCGCCAGGGACGCCUUCGUGAUCCUGGUGGAGAACGCUCUAAGAGUGGCUGCCAUCAAUGCCGUGGGGGACUUUGUUCUGUUCCUGGGGAAGGUGCUGAUCGUGUCCUGCACUGCCUUCGCCGGAGUGAUGGCACUGAACUACCAGAGGGACUACACGGUAUGGGUGCUACCCCUCAUCAUCGUCUCUCUCUUUGCCUUCCUGGUGGCCCACUGCUUCCUCUCCAUCUUCGAGAUCGUGGUGGACGUCCUCUUCCUCUGCUUCGCCAUCGACACCAAAUACAACGACGGCAGUCCCGGCAAGGAGUUCUACAUGGACAAGGCCCUCAUGGAGUUUGUGGAGAACAGCAGGAAGUCUUUGCCGGACCGGGGGCGGGGCAGGCUGGAGGAGGAGGAGGACACGGAGGUGAAGCCCAUGGUGAGUGGCAGUUACGAGUCCGACGUGUUGCAGGAGUUCCACCUGUAUUACCUGCUGGCGUGCGUGUUGGUGGACUGGGCACUCUCUGAGCGAGCCCUGCUCUUCUGUCUGACCGAGGACAUGCUUCUGUUCCUGUCCGUCUACCUGCCUGCCUCCACGCUCUUCCUCUUCUUCGCACUGCUGCAGCCUUCAUCUGUGUCCACCUGCUGACACUCACCCUCCUCAUCCUCCUUCGCCACUUCAUUUCUCCUGCUCUCACCAAUGAACACUUUUUAUAUUAUUUUCAUUUUUCUUUUUUUUUUCUUUCUUUUUUUCCUACUUGCUUGUUUUUCUACUUUUCCUGCCUGGAUUCUGUUGUUCUGUGUUUGAUUAUUGUUUGUUUAUCAUGAUUUUUUCUGUGCCUCAUCACCACUGUGCUUUCAGAAGUGAACGAUGGGGGCGAUACUGUUUGCUGACGCAGAUAAUAAUGCAGACGAAAAAGUGAGUGUGAGAAUUGACCGUGAAAACGAGGCCCCUGGCCCCGGUGCUUAACAGCCGAAACGUUGGCGCCGUCGGAGGGGAACAGCUCUGCAGGGGGUCGCUGUAAGGCACGACUCAUCUCCCCGUCCGCAUUAACAGUCUUUCAGCGUCGCUACCUGCCGAGUUCAUUAUGCCUGUGCGUGGGUUCUUACGGCUGACUCCAGCAGUUUCGCUCGAGAAUACAGUGAGCUUUUGUCAUUCCCGCCGUUCGGAAUUGGCUAUUCCCAACAGCGGGAAGCAUGAGGCCGUCAUUCCAUUCCAUUCCAUCUCCCCAUCUCGUUUAUUUUUAAUUUUUUUAUACUUUUAUCUGGAUCCAUCACUCCUGCAUUUCGCUUGUUUUCCCGUUCCGUUGCACGCUCCCCCCACAUCCCACUCCAUCGCUAACGCGAGAGAGACGUCGUGUGCUAGUUGCAUGCAAGCACGUCCCACGCUGCCCGGUGCUUAGAUUAAGACUUGAUCACUUUUUUUCCCCCCCCAGGCCCCUGGACCCAGUUCAGCUUGACCAAAAUCACCUAUUGGGACGUUUUGUAGACAUUCCAAAUGUUUAUUUUUACCAAUGUGUAACAUGUUUACUAUGGUUUCACUCCAGGGAAUACAAUAUUUUAAUAAGAAACUGUAUAAUAACUCAACGUAAUGAAGCACUUUAUAUUGAAGCUCUGCGUAUUUUAACAGCUGAUGCAUUUUCGUAGUGAUGUCCUUUUUUAUACUAUAAAAAAAAGAAAAAGAAGCUGUCCUUUAGUCAGACGCAGUGCUAAAAUGUCUAGCAUCACUUUGGACUCGGUUCUUCAUCAUGUACGUUGUCAUUAUCAUGUACGUUUUACCUUCGAUGCAAGAGUAACCCCCCCAGAAGCAAAACCACUUCACCUUUUUUAAAGCCACCACUGGAACUAGUAUCCACUGUAAAUGAGCUUCUUUCUCCACAGUCUGUUGGCACUAUGGUACAAUAUUGGAUUCAUUUAAUAUUUUUUAGUUUGAAUGGGAGAUACUGUACACAGUGGCAUGUUUUUUUUUAUUUGUUUUUUUUACUUUACACUUUGGACUGCACCACCGUUCUGCAGUGGCAGAAAUGAUCGUCUGUGCCGAAAUGCAGACAGGUUAAGGAGAUCCAGUUGAUUUGACUGUGGAUGUUGAAGGAGGAGCAAAAGGGUGCAGAGUUCAGGGGAAGACUGCAGUACACUGGGCAGUGAGACGCGGGGUAGGCUGUCCUGGGAAGGUGCUCAGAUCAACACCCCACCAGCACUGGGUCUACCGUCAGGUGCGUAUUGGGGUGGUCAACACCCCCGGAGAUGGGCUCGAAUUCCUUCGAGACGGGACAACCACUUCCAUAUACUGUAAAUGGCAUAACCCCACCAAGCAAAUGAAUAUGUCAGUCUGUUGAAAGUUGGUUCCCUACAGUAGUCAAAUGAGCAGCCAUAUCUUUGUCAGUGACGGUACCCCCUCUGGGCGUGUCACCGGGAUGGGUAGGGGUGACCGAUAAGGCUGCUCUUUCGAGCAUCGCAGCGAAAUAGUCUUCCUACUUGCACUAAAUUCCUCUAGACUGUACACACGGUUUCUCAGACUCUUCAGCAGGGUGGAUCUCGGUGCAGGAGGAGCGAGGGGCACACACAGUCUCGCACUUUGCCUUAGCCGGUUCAGCAGCUGUAGGGCCGCUCUGUAAAGGUGAACGGCAGAACCCUGGCAAUGACACGCAGUGGGGACAGCCGUCCUGACCCCGUGCAGCUCGCCUUAACUUUGAGGGAGACUUCAGGUACCACGUAUCCGAUUCCCGAAAGACUGAUUUGACGUGACCCAGAUGUUUUGACCCCGUUUAAAGAAUUUAAAUAUAAUUCCGCAAGGUUUAUAAAAAGGCUCUUAUUUAUUUUUUAAAUAUCCUCAUGUUUUAUUUUUUUUAUUUUCAGUGCAAGCAUAGUCUAAUGAAGAAGUUACCAGUAGGAAUCGUUUAGAGGGCAUUUUCUUUUACGAUAGCACAGCCUGGAGUGGAGGGGUGCACCAUGGCUCUGUCUUUGGUGCCCUCACACACUGUAGGGAGGUGCUGUGACAUAGUGUUAUAGCGACACUGGAGAGUGGUUGCUACAAGCUAAUGAGCAGCAUUCAUUUACUCAACCAUGUCCGUGUAUUGGCUUUGUUUCAAAGCAGAUCCCCCCUCCACUGGUGAAAACAAAGCUAAAAUAACCAUCAUGCUUAAAUUUCAGUUAGGUGAGUGAAAAAACGAGUACAGUUGUCUGAAGGUACUUUUGUUGGGCUAAUCUAGCCUGUGCAGACCAUACACUAAGAUUGUAACUAUAAAAUAUUAAGAGCAUGUAGCUUGAAAACCGUCUUACAGAAAACAGAAUUACAUUUGCCACCAAACACGUUUGCGCAUGUUAAGAAUUGCACUAAUAGAUUAUGUACAUUUGAAUACCACUAUGAUUUAAGAAAAAAAAUCUUGUAAGAAUUGUUAAAAUGUCUUAAGCUUGGUCAUGUAUACUGAAGCUCUCGUUAUCUGACCAGAGGAAUAUAGAUAUAGAUUUUAAACAGCUUCAAAUAGAACAUCCAGUACGCAAAUUUGCCCUUAAAUGCAUCGCAUCAAUAUUAAUAUUUUUCAAACAACGUUCGUAGCAACUGACAUUUAUAUAGAUAGGAGAGGGAUUCAUUCUCAGGAGGAUGCUUAUCUGGAUUGAAAGACUGAAAAAAAAACUGGCAUUACAGAGAACUACUGUUAACCCUGGUCCAGAAACGCUACUGACUGAAGCCACUGAUGAAGAAUCUAUCUCUGGGCCUUUGUCUGUCUGUGGAUCGGACACAAUGGUUCAGACUGACCCCCAUCACUCCAUUUGCCAAAGUGAACCUUCUACCAGUUUUUCCCGAAAGGGCAGCCAGGCGCACUGCACAGAGAUGGCAUUGUGCACGCUGGGUGAGGGUGCAAAGGAUAGUGAUGUUGGUCAUUCUUUCUUUUUUCCCCCCCCCCCCUCUACAAUACAAGCUGCUCAACUAAGAGCUGUGAUUUUUAGGCCUAGUUUGUCACACUCCAUUAACGUGACAGUGAAAGCCCUUCUCAGAGGGUUGUGUAGCGCACCCGAUUGUGUUUGGAGAUGAGGCAAUUCCAUCGCAGCCAUGCGGAAGACUGGAAGACUCGCGUGUCGUUUAUUGAUUUGAGAAAUGUUUUCUUUUCUUUCCUCUAAACUGCAGGACAUCUUUGUAGGAUGUGAAUCGUAUACCAUUAGGUCCACAACGACUAACUGAUAUCUGAUAGAACAAUAGCUUUAUUCAGCGACAAGCCACUGUUUUGAGAUGUGUCUCCUUAUUUCUCCUCUUCAUCCCAGGAACCUGCACAACUCUGAUCUUAGAGGGAAGUGUAGCUCCUAUAAAAAGAUACUGUUAUGAACUGGAGAGAGAUGUGUUUACUUGUCUGGUGUAACACUAGCUUUUAGCCCCUAACUGCAGUAAGUUGUUUGUAACAUCAAACUAAUUUUUUUUAUAUAUUAUUUCUUAUGUAUCUUGUUUUUUUAAAGAAAGUAAUAAAAUGGAAAACUUUGA